AUGACUGUUGAUAUACCAUUGGUCAACGGUACAUCACAAUGCACUGUUACCGCUUACUCCCAAAAAAGCUAUGAAGCAAGCGUUGAAUUUUACUCGCAGUUCUUGCAGUUAGAAAAGGACACAAGUGAUGCCCGCUCCACAACUCUGCGUAACUCUGGUGUGUCACUCCAGAUUCUCUUACAGGAAGAUUCUACGAAGCAAGCCGAGAGUGAAGCGCGCUUCAAAGAGUUGACCAGCGAACUCCGCACAAGUGAUUGGAGGUCUUUGGUCUCUGGGUCUUUGGUUUUCAAAGCUACCGACGUGACUCAGUGCAAAGCUGCACUUGACGCUCAAUUCGACAACAUCCAGGCAUACCCCACGGAUCUCUUCCCUAUGGAGCUGUACGCAGUUGAUCCUGUGGGCAACGUGGUGGGUGUCACUAAAACUAAGAAUGCUGUCAGCACGAUGCCUACUGCUCCUCCAGCUUCCAAAGGCACAUUUACUUCAACAGUGCCUUCUUCGGCUCAAUCUUCUGUGGAACUCAGUGUCGAUAAUGAUAAGUUCAUUGGCACCGAUGCCAGUGUUACCGCUGGACCCACUGCGGAUGCUCCUGGUCAGAAGGCUGUUGCCGUCAUGACAUCAGGCGGUGAUGCCCCUGGUAUGAAUCCUAAUGUCCGUGCUAUUGUUCGUACUGCCAUCGCAAAAGGUUGUCGUGCUUACGUAGUUAUGGAAGGCUACGAAGGUUUGGUGCGCGGUGGCCCCGAGUACAUUAAACAGUUUUCAUGGGAAGACGUUCGUGGCUGGUCUAGCGAAGGUGGUACUAACAUUGGUACCGCUCGCUGCAUGGAAUUCAGAGAACGUGCAGGUAGAUUACUAGGUGCUUUGCAUUUGAUUGAGGCCGGUGUCGACGCUCUCAUUGUGUGCGGCGGUGAUGGCUCCUUGACUGGUGCUGAUCUAUUCAGAUCCGAAUGGCCUUCAUUGUUGCAAGAGUUGAAAGACACUAGCAAAAUUUCGUCGGAACAAUUCACCAGAUACCAGCAUUUGAACAUUUGUGGUACCGUUGGCUCCAUCGAUAACGAUAUGUCGACGACUGAUGCUACCAUCGGUGCGUACUCUUCGCUGGACAGAAUUUGUAGAGCAAUUGACUAUAUUGAAGCUACAGCAAAUUCCCAUUCCAGAGCUUUCGUUGUAGAAGUCAUGGGUAGAAACUGUGGUUGGUUAGCUUUAAUGGCGGGUAUUGCCACCAGUGCCGAUUACAUCUUAAUUCCUGAGAAGCCAUCAUCAUCUCGCGAAUGGCAAGAUCAAAUGUGCGAUAUCGUGACCAAGCAUAGAUCCAGAGGUAAGAGAACCACCAUUGUGAUCGUCGCAGAAGGUGCUAUCGCUAACGACCUCACCCCAAUCUCUCCAAAGGAUGUGCACAAGGUUCUGUGCGACAGAUUGAAGCUUGAUACCAGAGUUACCACCCUGGGUCAUGUUCAGAGAGGUGGUACCGCUGUGGCUUUCGAUCGUAUCUUAGCCACUCUACAAGGUGUCGAAGCUGUUAACGCUGUCUUGGAAUCUAGCCCAGACACCCCAUCUCCAUUGAUUGCAAUCAAUGAAAACAAAAUAACCCGUAAAUCUUUGGUUGACUCUGUGAGACUAACAAAGUCUGUAGCUGAAGCCAUUCAUGCCAAAGACUUCAAGAAGGCCAUGAGUUUGAGAGACACAGAGUUUGUGGAACAUUUGAACAACUUCAUGGCAGUAAAUUCCGCUGACCACAACCCACCAAAACUUCCACAAGACAAGAGACUCAAAAUCGCAAUUGUCAACGUCGGUGCCCCUGCUGGUGGUACCAACUCCGCUGUGUACUCGAUGGCAACUUACUGUAUGUCACAAGGUCACAGACCGUACGCCAUUUACAACGGUUGGUCCGGAUUGGCCAGACAUGAAAGUGUCCGGUCUCUAGAUUGGAAAGCAAUGCUAGGCUGGCAAAGCCGUGGUGGGUCUGAAAUUGGUACCAACAGAUGCACCCCCGAGGAAGCGGACAUUGGUAUGGUUGCCUACUAUUUCCAAAAAUACAAAUUUGAUGGUUUGAUCAUUGUUGGUGGUUUCGAAGCAUUUGUGUCUUUGCACCAGCUAGAGAGAGCCAGAGACAACUACCCAGCUUUCAGAAUCCCAAUGGUUUUGAUACCAUCCACGUUGUCUAACAACGUUCCAGGUACUGAGUAUUCUUUGGGUACUGACACUGCAUUGAAUGCGUUGAUGGACUACUGUGAUAUCAUCAAACAGUCAGCUGCUUCCACCAGAGGAAGAGCUUUCGUGGUUGAUGUGCAAGGUGGUAACUCUGGCUUCCUAGCCACUAAUGCCGCCUUGGCUGUGGGUGCUCAAGUAUCUUACGUUCCAGAGGAAGGUAUCUCCUUGGAUCAGCUCUCUCAAGAUAUCGAGACCUUGGCUGAAUCUUUUGAAACCGCUCAAGGUAGAGGGAGAAAUGGUAAACUGAUUUUGAAAUCCAAGAAUGCGUCCAAGGUAUUCACACCAGAGGUUUUGGCUGAAGUAAUCACUUCCGAAGCCAAGGGUGCGUUUAACGCUAAGUCUGCCGAACCGGGCCAUGUUCAACAAGGUGGUUUACCUUCACCAAUUGACAGAACGAGAGCUACUAGACUGGCGAUCAAGGCUGUGGGCUUCAUUGAGGAUCAUCAAGAAGCCAUCUGCAGCGCUCGCGCCGAUGACGAGGAGUUUGAUCCUGAUGACAGUGAAAUCUCUGCUACCGCAGCCGUGCUAGGUAUCAAGGGUUCUAACGUGGCCUUUUCCUCGAUCAGGCAGUUGUACGAUUUCGAAACUGAAAUCGCAAAGAGAAUGCCAAAGGUUAUUCACUGGGAAAGCACAAGAGCAAUUGCCGACAGCUUAGUGGGACGCAAAAAGGUGGAUGCCAAAUAA